GUCACCUUGUUGCCACGGCAGGAAUGCUCCUUAUGAAACAGUAAGCAGUGUUUUUUUUGGAAGUGGUUCCUGAGCUGUUGCAAAUUACUGAUGACGUUUCACAUCCGUGUACACCGAGAAAAUGGCGGAAGUCGACGAGUCCAGUAAACCUAUGUUUGCAGGCCUGUCGGAUGUAUCCAUCUCAGAGGAUAUUGCUGUUGAAGGAGAGAUCAAUGUGCCUGUUCGGUCUACGAGUCAGGAUGACGAAUUCUCCACUCUUGACGAGCCUGUCAAAGAUACCAUUUUGAGAGAUCUGAAAGCAGUUGGGAAGAAAUUUGUCCAUGUAAUGUAUCCAAAGAAGAGCUCGACUCUAUUGAGAGACUGGGAUCUCUGGGGUCCAUUGUUGCUCUGUGUGACACUGGCGCUAAUGUUGCAGGGGGGAUCAGUCGACAAUAAAGAAGAUGGAGGCCCUCAGUUUGCAGAAGUGUUUGUGAUAAUCUGGUUUGGGUCUAUCAUCAUCACUCUCAACUCAAAGCUGCUUGGAGGAACCAUAUCGUUUUUCCAGAGUUUAUGUGUUCUUGGGUACUGCAUCAUGCCGUUGACCGUUGCCAUGGUGGUCUGCAGGAUCGUUCUUCUGGGCGGGACUGGAACAGGAAGCUUUAUUGUGAGACUGAUUGUAGUCACAGCCUCGUUUGGCUGGUCAACAUUUGCCUCUACAGCUUUCUUAGCAGACAGCCAGCCUCCAAAUCGCAAAGCCUUAGUGGUGUACCCUGUCUUUCUCUUCUACUUUGUGAUUGGGUGGAUGAUCCUCACAUUCUCACCGUCCCAGUAAGAGCAACCUAUUGACUGAACUCAAGAGAACUGAACACAAUCCUUCUGAAAUGAAAGGAUUUCAGUCAGCACCUGGGAAAGUAGUCUCAUGUUGUAUUGGAAGUGAAUAAGCGUGAUGGUAAAAAGUUGCUUGUGUUCAUCUGGUGCAACAGAAGGUUUGAAGAAAUAUUGACCAUUCUGCACAGUGCUUUAUAUCUUAGUUUGCAGUUUUUUUUAAGCUGUUCUAAGGAAACGUGAAUCACUGUACACAGUAAAAUCCCUUUAUCAGAAAGCCUAACAUACAGACUAAGGGGGAAGAAUUAUUUAUCUUAAAACAUGUUUACUGUACUACACAAGUUUUGUAGUAGAAAGAAAGAAAGGAUCGAUAUUCUCCAAUGUGAUGGCCCCAAUGCAUAGUAUUGACCACCAGGACCAGGAGUAAAUGUACUUUCUAUAAGGUCUUGGUAGAAGAUGGUUAAUUCCACGAUCUUCCUGGGUAAUGAGGGAUGUCAGUGUGGGAGUUGUGAACAGGCCCUAACCACAGCCUGGGCCACUGCUCAUAAAAACAUGUUUUCAACAUUGCUAAAAUACUUCUGUUUUAUUUUUUGAAUAUUUUGUUUCAAAUGUCAAUGUCUAAUUUAGUUUCAGAAAUCAGGAUUGUACUAGCAAGAGUUAUAGUGAAGUUGCUAAAUUGAUUUGAUUUUUUUUUUUUUUUACUGGUUUUUACUUUUUUUUUCUGGGGAAAAGUUAUAUUGUUUUAUAUUUAUAAUGUGUCUGUUCAUUUCUUAACUGAAUAUGACAGUAUAUGAUAUAAAUUCUCAUUCAAAACCUGUCCAGUUAUAAACGUAUUUAUAAUUUCUGUGUAUUAAGGCCCGAAAUUCAAUUAAACGUGUCUCUCUGUUUCUGUUUUCAA